CCCAGCCGCCGUCCGUCCGCGCUUCACUAUCCUUCAUUCCCUCCCCUGUCAGCGACGACUGGGUAGGCUACCGCCGCCGCCCUACGCUAGGUGCCCAUCUCUUCGCCGGCGAAGAGCGCCCACCAAGCUCCGGCCAAGGGCGUGAUGGCGGCUGUAGGCAGCUUGAAGCCGGGGAUGGAGACUCUUCAUGUGCAGGACUACAAGGACGCGCCUCCGGCCAAGGCCGCGGUAGAGAGCCUCCAGCCGGCGAUGGAGAGUCUGCAUGUGCAGGAUUACAAGGACGCGCCUCCGGCCAAGGGCGUGGCCGCCGCCGCCGUAGGGAGCUUGCAGCCGGGGGCGGAGAACCUGCAGGUGCAGGACUACAAGGACGGUAACAUGUAUUAUGGUGCUUACCCGGCUUAUGCCUAUGGAGCCUAUGGUGGCUGGGGGGAGUACCCAUACCUGAGCCAUGAUGGAGCACAGACACCAACUGCUGGUACCUAUGCUGACAUGUACUAUGGCUAUGCUCCAUAUGGUGUUGCAACCAUGGGGCAUGAUGGUCAGAUUUAUGGGUCUCAGAAUUACCAGUACCCGUCGACAUACACCAAGCAACAGAACUCUACUGCCAAGCUGUCAUCCAAUGGUAUAAGUGAGAAAUUGACUCCAGCGCCGCAAACGGAUGUAUCUACUAUUGGUGUGGAUGAGGUGAAAGGUUUGAAAAAUUCAAAUUCGGUGCUGAAGACAGACCGGAACAUGCCAGGUUCCAAUGGUUCAUAUGGCCGGUCUAGUGUGCGUUCUGGCAGCUAUCAGAACCAGACUAGUUGGUCACACUAUCCAUAUUAUAGUAGUGAGAUGUUCUCUGACAAGCAGCAAAAGUUCACCGGCAACCACAAUUCGACUUCCAACCCUAAAACCAAGGGGCAGUCGAGGAAUCAAAACACGAGGCAGUAUCCUCAUCUCAUGGGUUUGCAAACACCAACUUCAUCAGUGUACUCAGCUAAUGGAAUUUAUGGGUAUGAUGGGAGCUAUGGACCCGGCCUUUGGUAUGGAUCGCACAUGUAUAAUUCUGGAUUAUAUGGUGGAUGGAAUUCACUGUAUGAUGGAAAGUACAGAACCAGAGGAAGAGGUAACAAUGGGUAUUAUGUUUAUGGUAAUGGAAGCAUAGAUGGCUUUAAUGAGCUGAAAAGAGGGCCAAGAAGUGGUAUGUACAAAAACCAGCUGGGGCUUGAAGCUACUACCCAAGCACCAGCAAAAGAGCAGGAUCUUUUGUUUGCUAAUGGUUCACAUCCUGCCAUGAAGGAUCAGUAUAAUCAGGCUGACUUUGCGGAAACAUACUCAGACGCUAAAUUCUUCAUUAUUAAAUCUUACAGUGAAGAUGAUGUUCACAAGAGCGUUAAGUACAAUGUGUGGGCUAGCACUCCCAAUGGUAAUAAGAAACUUGAUGCUGCCUAUCAAGAGGCUAAAGAAAAAUCAAGCGAAACUCCUGUUUUUCUUCUUUUCUCUGUGAAUGCAAGUGGCCAGUUUGUCGGCCUUGCUGAAAUGGUGGGUCGUGUUGAUUUUGAAAAAACAGUAGAGCAUUGGCAACAGGACAAAUGGACUGGUUGUUUCCCUGUCAAGUGGCACAUUGUGAAGGAUGUUCCAAACAGCUUGCUGAAGCACAUCAUUCUUGAGAACAAUGAAAACAAGCCAGUGACGAACAGCAGAGAUACACAUGAGGUGAAGCUUGAGCAAGGCCUUCAAGUGCUUAAGAUUUUCAAGGAUCAUGUCUGCAAGACAUCCAUACUGGAUGACUUCGGCUUUUAUGAUAAUCGUGAGAAGAUGAUGCAAGAGAGGAAAGCCAAACAGCAGCAGUCGCUGAAAAAGGUCAUUGAUGUGAAGCUGCCCAGCGUCACCGACAUGGAGAGAAGUCCUAAAGGGGAGACUGGAUCAACAGAACUCACUGGGGUUGGGACUGACGUCUUGAACAAAGAGCGUUUAUUAGGCAAAGCAGGAGAGAAAAAUGGCGAGAAAGGAAAUGAUGUCGCCCCACAGGACCUGAAAACACAAACUGAGAAGUUGGCGGGUCUAAAUGGCUGUUAAUAUUUUUCGUUAGCUCAAGCCGUUGACAGUGGUGUCGGGGUGGAACCUAAGGCUGUGGUGGGUUGUUUGAGGAAAUUCUGAUGUCCCAUUGAGCUUGUUUCCUAUAGUUCAUAGGAGCUAGAGGCUUAGCUAGUUGCUUGUGUUUGGUGGUAGUCAUGGUCUGUGUUCUGGCGUGUCAGGUAUUUUAGGAAUAGAAGGAUGAUUAACUGGGUUUUGCAAUGAUGGAUCAUGGGUUUUGAGGCUGUAUUUUUCGUUUAUUUGCCUUUCCUCUCUGGAUUCUAGUUCCUCUCUCUCUCUCUCUCUAGAUUCUGGACAAGUGUAGUGCUUAUUUUAAGUUGGUUGGUUUAAGAACCUGAAAUGAACAUGGGAAUUCUAUCAAGCAUUUACAAACUU